GAUGGCGGAGGAAGACCCCAGGUGCCCCUCCAUGAAUUAUUCCAGGAAGAACCACCGACCUUCCUUAAGCCAGCUGGAUGGCUCCCUCACAUUCACAUGGAGAAUUGAACACCUUGACUUGAGUGAGGCUUGAAUCCAUGUACAUAGGAACAUUAAGAUGGAACCAACAGAUACUGUGACUGAUGCAGAAAUAAUUGAGGCAAUUAAUGAGUGGCCUGUGACUGACGGAAAUGAAAACAUGUAUACGUCACCAACAAGCAGGAUCCACAAUCCAGCAUCUGUAUCUAGCUUCUUUCUCAGAAAUGUUGGUAAAGUGAAGAAGGUUGCAGAGAAGCCUGUGUAUGAUGAUGCAGAGGAAGAUCUGGCUGACGUUGCCCUGGCUAAAUGGUGGAGAAAGACAGGCAAAUAUUUGAUGGAGUCUGAUAGUGUACCUACCAGCAGUAACCCAAACACAAUCAUAAACUUUAUAACUGGAACAGAUGAAGGUCUUCAUUUUAUAAAGACAGAGAUAUCUCGGUUAAGAGAGAAGAUAUCUAAAGGAUGUAAGAGUGCAAAUGCCUCUUCAGCUCUGUCGUCCUACUAUGAGAAAAUAGGCAACCUCAGUUUGGCUAAAAUGCAUUUAGAAUCAGCAAGGGACAAAAAUCCACAAGACAAAGAGCUUGAAUGGCGUUUCAAGCGUCUGAAGAGAGCAGUACAUUAUAGACAGAAGCAAGAAGAAAUACUAUCUCAGUUAGAUUACAGCUCGGCUUCAGUACAGUCACUGCCUGCAACAAAACAGGUUGAAAGAGUUCCUGCGGACAGUUUGUCAUUUAAAGAUUUCUUUUACAAAUAUGAAUUAACAAGUACACCAGUUGUGAUAACAGGGCUAGUGGACAAAAUGACCACAGUACCUUGGACCCUUCAACAUAUCUCAGAUGUUGCAGGUAACUGUUCAGUAACUUUGAAGAAAUGUAUCAAAGACUCGGUACAGUGGGCUCGCCUUGAAGAUGCAACAACCAUGAAGGUCAAGGAUUUUAUUUCCAGUCUCCAUAGUAACCUGUCACAUGAUCAGGAUAAAUUGUACUUGUUUGAUUGGAAUAUACCAUUACAUUGUCAGGAGUUAGCAGCUGAAUUGAAAAUUCCAAAAUAUUUUGCAGGUGAUUUUUUGCAGCGGACGGCCCAGGGAUCUCUUUACAAAGACAGUUGGCCUAGUCUUUUUAUAGCACCUGCUGGUUUAACCAGUGAACUGCAUGUUGAUGCUUUUGGUUCUAACUUCUGGAUGGCGCUGUUUGAGGGCAGCAAAAGAUGGGUAUUUUUUGACAAGGAUGACGUGGCAAUGCUGUAUCCAAUGUUUAGCCAUCCAUGGUCAACAGAUCCAGUAUUCCAAGUAGAUCUGCAGAAUCCAGACUUAAAACAACAUCCACUACUAUCCCUAACACAACCCAUAGAGUGUGUUCUCCAGCCAGGUGAGCUGUUGUUUGUACCAGCUGGUUGUCCACACAGAGUUGAGAAUCUGGAAACUUCCCUUGCCAUCUCUGGGAAUUUUGUUGACCUUUCAAACUUUCACCUUGUUAAAGAGGAAUUAACUGUUACAUCAUUAAUUGAUGAACGAUCAGCAGAACUACUCAAGCAGUUUAGUGAUCCAGAUUUUAAAUCAAAUAUGUGCAGUGACAUUGAUCAUUUAUCUUGGGAACAAUUUAAAACGUGGCCAGCAGAAGAUUACGAAAAAUUUGAUAUUAAACCACAAAUAGUAGAAGAGGGAAGAAAAACAUUAUUGAAUAAAAGAUAAAAGAUA